AUGUCGGAGGAACCUUCCCAACGAAUGGAAUCGGAUUCUGGAGAGUCGGAUUCCGAAGAUCAGCCACUUCUACUGCCGUUCGCCUCUACUGGAGCAUCAGAAGACGUUCCAGGGCCUUCAGGAAGCGCUCCAGGAGCAUCUGUAGCAUCUGGACCAUCAGAAGCCGCCCCAUUCGGAGCAUCUGGAGCAUUCAGGCCGUAUGUGGCUCCAGAACUUCCAGAAGGCUCCAGAAGACCCACCACCGCCUCCGUCGUAAGCCUGCUACCAACCUAUCAUGCCGCCCAACCUGGACCAUCUGGAUCUUCUGAUGACGAUGACGAUGAUCUAGAAGGCACACUUGACAAUAUGCUCCAAGCCUACCUAUCAGCUAGAUCAUCUGAAGACCCACGGAGCCAGACAGAACGAACAGUUGCUCGGUGGGCCGCAGCAGCAGCUGAAGAGCCCAAUGGACCAGGACCAGUGGUGCCAGGAGCAGCAGAGGAUGAGCAACAAGUGCAGGUCACCGUCAAAACGCUCGAUGAUCGAGAAGUCAGUGUGACGAUUGGAAGGAAUCAACCCGUUCAACAGCUCAUCGAUGAAGCACGCCGACAGCUCAACGUCACCACUGGCAACCAGCGGAUCAUUUUCGGUGGCAGAGUGCUGAAUUCCACGUGGACACUUCAGAAUGCAGGAAUCACCAAUGGACAGACGGUGCAUAUGAUCGAUCGAGGACCGUCGGGCGCCAACGAUCGUCCCAACAUCAAUGUGCCUCGUCUGGCUCCGCCGGGCGCCCACGGCCACGGCCACAGCAUUCUCGCCAACCACCCGCAUCUAAUGUACCGUUCAAUGAACGGGCAGAUGCUUCCACCACCGCCACCACGUUCGGAAUCUCCGCCAGCUGGAUAUCCAUACAUGCGGGUGCCGUGUAAACUGGGCGGUCCCGGUGGACGUACCGUACUCCAUGCGAGGAUUAGCUCGAAUGUCAUUGAGCAGAGAGCGUUGCCGUUGAUUUUGCGGCAGAUUCGAGGAGGCAGAUCGCAGAAUAUUAACCUCCCAUUCUUCAUGCAAGACCCCGCCUUCAUCGUCUGGAACUUCAAAAUCAUUGAAACGCCAAUUUUCCGCCCACGCGAGACGUUCGAAGCGAUCGUUCGUCAGGCGAUCAACUCGGUCCCAUAUGUGGCUGAUGCCGUCAAACAGAAUAUUGCAUUCAAUUGGGAAACAUCGACGAUGGUGCUCAAAGUUCAUUUUCCAGAGAUCCCAUCUCACAUUCCAUCGCCAGCACUGGAACGCAUGAAUUUCCUGGCGUUCUGGACGGACCAUCUGACGCUAUUUAUCAAUAAAAUCGAGGAGGCCGACGGUCUCCACGACGCCGUUCGUCAAGUACUGUACCAAGUUCAAAAGAAACAGUCUGUGGAUGGUCUAACCGAUUUGGGACGUGAUCAGAGGUGUUCAGCACUGAAUGAGAUCAUUCGGGAGUUCGAGAAGAUGUGGGCGGGGCUUAGCCAUAUGAGGGAUUACGAACGCGACCGCUUCCUCAAAUUCCAGCCAAUCUACGGUGAAGACUACCGUCGUCUGAAAUUCGAGCAGCACGCUGAAUCCUCCAGAAACCCGCUCUUCGUGAUGCGUCAUGCCCUUGACGUCGAACUCAUCGACGUCAUCAGAGACUUCCGACGUCAACAACGCCGUUUCUCAAAUCUCGAAGAGCUUCUGGACCUUCUCAAUGAAUCUGGAGCGUUGAAAUUCGUCAGGGACUCUAUGGCUGGGCCUACAGUAGACUAUCGGCUUCGCGCUCUAUCCAUGUUCUUCCACUAUAUGCAACGAGCACGUCAUCUGGUCGGCCAUAUGACUCAUUUGGUAUCGGAAUUGGAUGUGCCGAUUUUGACGCCAGGAUCUCCUCAGAGGAUUCUUCCCCAUUACGCUGUCAACUUGCUUACUGUACCUAUUCCAUAUAGUGCUUCGCUGAGCUUCCAUAUGACGUCUUCUCCAGAAGACACCUCUGUGGAUACGAUCCCGGUGAACCAGAUUAUGCCACCACCAAGGACUUGCUCAGAUAUUGCUAGUCCUGAAUGGCCCCAUCUUCCAUUCUAUCCACCUAGUGUGUCUGCGGAUAUGGCCCAGUCGCCGGCCCGACUCGUCGAGCCCAGAGCCCGUGGAGUGGACCUUCGACACGCCUUCGCACCUGGAAACAUUCGGCCCAUUGGCCCGAAUACCCAUACAACUCCAGAGGACAUCUUCAGCGGAAUGUCGAUCAAUGACAUGUUGAAUUUGAGGCCAGAGCAAGUGGAAGCGAUUUUGACCCAGAAUAUGAAUAUAAUAGAGAGAACUACGGGCCACGCCCCCUCCUCAGCAGUAGCGAACCCAGCCAUCUCAGCAGCUGCUGCUAUCAGACCCCGCAGAAUCGUCACCAGUACCGCUGGAGACACCCCCAGUGUUCCAGUGGAGACCCAACCGCCGCCAGGGAACGCUGCACACCGACAAGAGCCACAAGGACCAGGCCCACGCUACACCACAGGAAGAUUCAACGUCCACCCCGAUGCUCGUGGCCCCGACACCCCCACCCUAGCACCCUUCCCAGUACAAGUGGAGCCACGGGAACUUCAAAGGAUCGCGAAGAACAUUGCUAGUCGCUAUCGAGAGGAGGCUCUGCAGAGAAUCGCUACGAUGCUGACAACCAGGUUUACUGCAGAAUCCUGGGACACUAGAAUCAACAAUUUGCCGCUUUGCACUCUUAGGGAGUGUAUUGCAGUUGCUCUGGAGCUUCUAGCUUCGGCUGGGAAUGAUGUGGAGCAUAGCAAGAAUCUGAUGUUGGCCUUAGUUCGAGAUGAGGAGGUUCUGGUCCGAGCGAUCGCUGAAUGCGUCAAGUCUCUAUUUGGACGGGGUGAAUUCCCUACCCAUGUCGCCAGGAUAAUUAUGCCACGAUCUGAAGCAGCAGGCUCCCGACACGACUAUGAAAGCCCAGACCAUUUGGAGGAGAGCGAUGAGUAUGAUGGAAUGGUGGUUAGAAUGCCUUCAGAUGUCUCGCAGCCACAAUCUGGGGAUCUUAGAGCGAUCAGAGAGCGCCGGAUGAGACGGCGGGAGAUGAUGGAGAGGAAUCAGCAGGGACCAUCAACCUCCAUCCCAUCCACGAGUACUGCCCUGCCAACAGGACCAUCGUUUAAUGAGGAGGAUGCCGCGGAUAUUCGAGCUGGACGACUUCCUACUCGUCCUAGACGAAUCGUCAGGGAAACGGUUCACCCGACUCCUGCUAGAGCAGCCUCCCCGACUCAGAUCUCGGUGACCUUCACGGCUACAGCCCAUCCGAUCCAUCACCACCAUCAUCAUCAUCACCACCAUCCUCCAGGACCCCCACCUCCGCCAACACUGCCACCAGGACUGCCUACAGCCAUGGCCGCCGCCUUCCAGGCAGCGCUUCAAGACGUACACGAUGACGACGACGAUACGCCCAGAAUCCUCCGAACUACUUGGCUGGCAGCACAGAAUUCAUCUCCACCACCACCACCGAACCGCUCCGCUGGAUCCUCUGCGUCUUCUAGUUUCAGUGGUGUUGUACACUUACCAAGAGGGUCGUGGUAUGAGCGACAAGUGGUUUCCCCAUCACUUACUACCAGAGGAAUGAUGGAUUUCGAUUUGGAGGCUGACUUGGAGCAAGCGUCGACAUCGUCGGCGGCGGGAAGCUCGGCUGCGUUGAGCUCUGCUGCAGCUCCGACGAGCUCAGCAGCUGAGGGAAGAUCUCAGUCGGCGCCAAACACGACACACGCGUCGCCGAUACGGCAGCAACGAGGGGAUCCGAUGAGAAGGAUCGGAGAGAUGAUGCACCACCCCCGCGACUUCCAAUCCGCCUACGUCGACGGACCACUACCACAACGUCGUCCUCGUCGCAACCCGAGUCCUAAACCAAUGGUGGCCAUCGAUCCGUUCAUGGCGUGCUCCAAUCGUUUCUGUGAGCUCAAUAUGCAUUCAAUGACUGGAAAUCAGGAAACAGAGAGAUUCACAAUGCAAUCCAACAUGCCCGAUGAUGAGUUUUUGAGACAUAUUCAGGUGAUUUUGGGUGGAUUUUCAAGGAAAAAUGAGUCAAAAUUGACAAUUUUGACCCAUUGCUCAGCCUUAUUUCGACAAAAAAAUUUCGCCCCAACAUUCGAUCGUCGUCCACCUUGUGUCCCAGAAAGUGAUUCUGAUUACAACUACACCGUCAAGAAGUCUGAAAGUGGAGAAUUGAAGUUUGACAGUGUCCAGGAAUUCGAAAAAUUCGUUCAAACGGCCGUCAGAAGUCUCUACGCCACUUGCAUCGAUUCGGAUUCGUUGAUCACGUUGAACAUGAACGCAAUCGCUGGCCACGCCCCCUCGAACCACUCGGACCUCUUCAUGGCUGUCCGCCAAUUCCUCAAUCCCAACACUCCACCAGCACCACCACCAUCAACCCGGGAACACCUCCAACAAAUGGAAAAUCGUCAGAGGCAAGCGGAUGCGGUACGGCAUGCGGCAGGCAUGAUGGCUCAGCUACGCGGAGCACCACCACCGUUCCCAGUGACAGGUCCCGCAACGAUUGGAUCUAUCCCCAUCAAUCCAUCAAUGGCAGAGCUGGAAAUCCUGGAGUCUGGAAGAAUCGCUAGCUUGCUGAGCUUCCUUGGAGAAUACAUGCAAAAUGAGGAGAAUCCCCGGCCAACGGGAGUGUUUGGAAUGCUCAUGGAGCUGACUUACGAGCGGUUGACAGCUCAUGAGUACGCUCAACUCGCCAGGCCAUCGACGGCGCCGAAUGUGUUGAUGGAGUACGCGCAGGAGAUGCAGGCGAGUAUCAGAGGCAGAUAUUUGGAUGGACGGAUGGUUGUGUCGAAUGGGGAGUUGCAUGAAAUCGCUGCAAGAAUUGCCAAUCAGGAGGAGUUCUUUGAGAGAUUCCUGAUGGAGAAUCCGGAUAGAAUGCCGCAGAGAUUCCAGUUGGGACCCGAUGCGAGCCAUACGGUUUCGACGGCGUGGGCGUUCAGACAAGUGGAAAUUGGAUAUGUGAAGAGUCUGUUGGCAUUGGCCAUGCACUUGCAGAACCCCCGACUGAUUGCUCAGCUCGUGAUCAAAUUCACGCAUGACUAUCUCUACCGUAACCUGGGCGUCUUCUAUCGUCUAGCGAAUCGAGACAUCAAUCAGCUAUCGACUAUCAUGAGGCAACCGUUGGCUCGAUACUUCACAACAAUCAGAUAUCGCGGCUUCCAAUUGUCGCCUCUUCAUUUCUCCGCGGCAUUCGAAGAUUGGUCAUUCGUCAUUAAUCGAUGGCUCGUUUUGUAUAGUGCAAGCUUCGAAGAGGCCCCAUUCUCGGAAUUCCUCAUGAUGUGCUCACUGGGAACUGACUGGAAUGAGCUGGAAACCUUCCAACAACACCAAUCCUCUCCAAUCUCAUCGAUUCCAACGACACCGGGCACAGCGACACCGUUGGAUGCGUCGGUAUUCAAUUCGAGAGAACGAUUGGCGGCGGCUGGAAGUUCGACAGCUAGUUUGAAUUCAUUGAACACGCCAAACACGUCGUCGACCAUCGCCGCUGCUUCGACCGCGACCGCCAAUAAUUCUAGAAAACGCAAUCACACUGGCCGUCAGGAACGCACUCCGGACACUGUGGACAUGGUUGUUGCGCCGUUGAUGACGUCGUUGACGACUUCAGUAGAAGGUUCAUCGACGUCAUCUGGGUCUUCAGGACUAUCUACAUCAGCUUCAGCAUUUGAGGAUCAUCCGAUGGAAGAAUAA